AUGGCCUCAAAUGAGGGUGAAGAAGCUUUGCUAACAUGGGUCCAGUCAUUCCCAGAAAUCUCCGUAAAAAGUCUUGUCGAUCUCUCGACCUGUGUUGACCUCGCGCUCAUCUGUACAAAAGUAGACUCUGAAUUUUUCGGCCUUGAAUGGAAGAAGAACUUGUCAGACACGUCAUUAGAGAACAAAGACCUCUGCAAAUUGAAUGCAAUCAAAGUUUGUGAGCGAGUUCUUGAGUAUUAUAAAGAAUGCCUAAAACUUUCUUUUGUAAAUAUCGACACGCCAAAAUCCGACGAAGUCGCCACAGGAAAUAUCAAAGAAAUCGCCUGUCUGAUACAGUUCAUCCUCGGCGCUGCUGUCAACUGUGACAACAAAAACGACUUCAUCGGGAGCUUAAUGACCCUUGAUGAGUACGUUCAAGGCGAAUUGAUGGCGUACAUUCAAAUUAUCCUCGAUUCGUGUGUUCCUGUUGGUGAAGAAUCAUCGAGCAUGGACGAGGAAGAUCUGAGGCAGCGUCUUUUUGAGCUUGAAAAAGAAUUGGCUCUGAGUGCCGAAGAAAAUCAAGCUCUUAGAUCAGAUCUUGAAUCCGCGAAAUCCUUCAUUUCUGACAGACAGAACGGCAAGUCUAACGGCGAAAUCGACCUGAUGGAAAGAAGGGCGAUCGAAACCCAACGCAGACUGGAUGAAGUGCAAGAGGAACUCAUGAUGAUGGAGCAUCAACGUGAGGAAGAAAGCAUCCGACUCGAAGUCGCACUAAGAGAGGCGGAUGAUUGGCGACAGAGAACAGAAGUCGCGGAGCAAAAAGCAGACGAAGUCGCAGUCCUCAAAGACGAAGUAGACUACCUCAGAGAAAAAGCCGACAAAGCAACUCGUCUUCAAGCCUCUCUCGACUCGCUCAGGAGCAAAGCAGAGGAAUCAAACGAGCUGAGAAAAAAGCUUCGCGACGCAGAAGAACUCUCGGCUCAGGCAACAAGGGAGCGCGACGAAGAACUUCGAAAGCUCAAAAGUUACAAAACGCAGCUUCAAACGACGAAACAGGCACUUGUGGAAGCGCAAUCGAAAGCAGUUGAUGAUGAUAGAAGAGUACAAAGGUUAGAGAAUGAUCUGCGCGCGGAGAAGGAAAAAUCGAAAGUGUCUGAAGCAGCAGCGGAAAGAGUUACGGCAGAGUUAAUUUCUCUCAAGGCUCUCAAUGAGGAACUCAGUUUAAAUUCUGGCAACAUGGAAAGCCUUGGUGAGUCUCUAGCGGCUGAAACAGCAGCCGGAGACGACAUGAGUCUCAUGCCUCCGCAAGUUCGCGAAAAGAUGAUCCGUCUCCAAUCGGAAAACAAAAGACUAUCCGAGCAAGUGGACCGAGAAAUCAGCAGAGGCCGAUCUGACAAUGUCGAGCUCAAUGAUACCAUCGAAAACCUCCGAUCCGAGAAACAGUCGUUGACAGACAAGAUCAAGGAACUCGAGACGAAGCUCGCCGAGGGAGGAGUGAAAGAAGACAGUGAAUCUGUUCAAGAGCUCGAAGAGAAGGUCAAGUCCGUCACAGCUGAAAACGCGAAGAAGAAAGAAGAGUUCAACUCGGUUUCCGCUGAGCUCAACGCGGCUAAGGAGAAAAACAGCGAAGUCGAAGCGUUGCUCAAACAGAAAGAUGAAGAUAUCAAGGCGAUGGAGACGCGAUACCGCUCGUACCUAGAAAAAGCUCGUUCGGUCAUCAAAACUCUCGAUCCAAAGAACAACAACAACACUGAAGUCGUCGCCCUCCGCGCCCAAGUUGCCGAAAAAGACCGACUCAUCCGCCGCUUAGAAGCAGAAAAAGCCGAAAAGGGCAAAGCUCGCGACCAAGAAGAAAAGCUCUUGGUCUCAGCGUGGUACAACCUUGGUAACAAAACUAUCCGCGGCGCCGUGGACGAGCGAGUUGGUCGCUCGCAACCCGGUCAAAGCUUCCUCGCCCGCCAAAGGCAACAGACUCAACAAAGGCGGAACCAACAGAGUGCUAUCAACAAAUCUCGAGCGCUUGUCGACAGCCUCGAAAAACUCCCAGAAACGGGAUCGGAUCUGAUUGAAAUCGACUUUGACGAGGAUGGCCAUCGAAAAUUGACGGAGGCGAGUUACACUGCGAUGCCGUACAAAGUUUCGGUUCGCUCAACGCUCCCGCCAAAGAUUCGCGUCAAUGGCCAGCGACCGGAGAUUACUAGAAAGUCUCUUGGAAGCAAGGAAUACCACUUAGAACGGCGCCAGCCGGAGUAUUUGGAAAAGAAACACGGAGAACGUGGAAUCAAUAGAUAUUUCCGCACGCGCAAAAUGGAGGAAGCUGAGGAAAGUCUACGGGCGGAGAAACGAGUCGGAUGGGACGAUGUUUCGGACGAAUACAGGAAGGAACUCAAGAGGCAGUCCGAAAUGAGACGUCUCCAAGGCCCAUCAGAAAAGUGGUGGGAGCUGACAACACCGGAAUUUCAUUACAACCACCACAAAGCCCUGGACGCUGAGCGAAGAUGUUCCAGCCAGGCUGAAACUUACCGCCGUGGGCUCAAGAAAAACUCCGACCUUUUCUGGACUUACUAA